AAAGCAACUUACUAUUAUCAGUUAAAAUUUGCUCUACCACAAAGCAACUUCCAAACUAAGAAUAAACAAGAUGUUCAAAUACUUCGCUCUCGUUUUCGUCGCUCUCUUCGCCUUCGCCGCUGCCGAGCCUAAACCCGCUGUGGUAGCUGCACCAUUCGCCUACUCAGCUCCUCUGGUCGCCUCUCCCUACUCCGCUGCCUAUGCUGCCCCAUAUGCCGCUUACGCUGCCGCUCCCUAUGCCGCCUACGCUUCACCUUACGCUUCACCCUACGCCGCCUACUCCGCUUACCCAUACAGCGCCGCCUAUGUGCUCCGCAAGUAAAUGAAAAGUAGCGGAUGAUCUGUGAUAACUAAAUUGGAUUUGAUUGGCAAUGAAAGUGAAAAUUUUAUUUGGCAUUGAAAAUAAAAACAAAACCGAAGAACAUA